GUGCAAUGUAUACACAACUCGAGUGAAGUAUUUUUGUCUGUCGCAAUACGAAAACAACACAAGCAGAUUAAGCAUUAUAACCGAGCCAGCUAAUAUACGCCAGCAACGAUGAACGGCAUCUCAGGAUCAAAAUUUGACAUUUGUUUGGCCGACUAUCUCGAAAGCAGAGCUAUGGCACAUCUUAAGCGCUACAGUAAAGUUUUACAAAAAGUAGAGAAGGUUGUAAAUCCUUUGCUUAAAGAGAUCAAGAAACGAGAGAAACGACUUAACUUCGAACCAAUGUCCCCCGAUGGAUUUUUUCGUGUCCGUCAACAAAAUGUCCUAGAAGUAUUCUUGAUUUUCAAAAAGCUCGACUCGAGUAAAGUUUCUUUUGUCGAAAUGGAUUCUCCAACCGGGACUGCAUUUGUGAGCUCGAAAGCAGCUAAGUUACAGAAGUCUUGGCUGGAUUUGAUGGAAGGCGGGAGCAACCAGGGCUUUUUCUUGUCCUCCGAGAGACUCCGCGAGUAUUUGUGCAGCUUCCUUCAAGAUCUUAGCAAAGAAAAGGGAAUUUUAGACUCUAAAAUUUGGUUUCAUUGUACAAAUAAUGACAAAGAUGGUUUGGUGUUGAAUGUUUCCUACGAAGGAGAGCAACUGUUUGUACACUUAAUCCCGACAAUAUUCCUCAAAACAGUAUGGCCAAAUUGUGCCUCAAUGUGGAAGAAGGUGUUGUUCAGAUGGCCAGAAGAUAGCAUACGGCAGAAGAUAGUCGACGAAGGCAUUCAUUUAACAUGCCAGCCUGUGAAAGCGAGUCUACAGCACUCCUCUAUAUUAUGGCGAAUAGAUUUCUUGGUGGGCGAAAAAAUGUUACUCAACAAAGCAAACAUUGGAUGUCGGAAUAAAUGUUUACAAAUUGCCAAGACGCUAUUAGAGGAUACUCUUUCCUACCCAGAAGGACUGACGCCGUAUCACUUGGAAAUCGUCACACUUCAUCUCAAUUCCAUGAUUUCAAGCCCAACUCUGUGGCACGACAUGAAUCUCAGUUCGAGAUUUUUGGACUUGCUCUCAGCGCUGCAAAAGAGUUUGUCGCAAGAUAGUUGUGCGCAUUUUUUCGCGCCAAGCAUCCAGCUGUUUGCUGAGAUACCACCACACGUUCUCAAGACUUUGGCUGCCCGUGUGAGACAUAUUCUUGAUAAACCCGAGGAAUUUUUUCUGACUUUCUACCGUGAAACUUUGUCGACGCAAUUUUAGGCAAGAAGACGAUCUUAAUUGCCUUUGCAGAGUCCUGGCGUCACCAUUUAAUCGAUCAAUUAAAAAUUUGUUAAUUUAUCAUUAAUUAAAGGGCGAUUUACACUACCCAACUUUUGCCUGAAACUGUUGCAUGCAACUUACCGUAGGUGAGUUGUGUGCUUGAUUUACAGUUAAUCCAAAAAAGGUUGUCCUUCAAAAAGUCUCAAAUCUUAAACAUUAAUUGAGCGCGCAAGGUAUGAUAGGUAUUAUUUCGAGCCUUAGAUCGGGCAUUAGCGUAGUGAACCAAAAUAGCCCUACAUCGAAAGUGUUCAUUAUAUGCCCUAGUCAGAUGGUUGCAAAGCAGAUUUGCCGAGUUUAGGAUUUUAAAAGGAAGUUACCCAUCAUCCCUUGCGCGCUCAUUGUUUAAGGUUUAUGAUUUUUGAAGGACAACCUCUUUUGAAUUAAUUGUACACAGUGCAACUCAAGUUGUAAGCAGGUUGAUGCGUGCGACAGUUUUAGUAGUGUAAAUCAGCCUUAAGGUAACGCGUAUAUUUGCCAUUUAAUAUAGCUUACAGCAUACAUAGCGAAUAGAUUACAUUUUUACAACCUAAAUAAAUUCUGUUUUGGUAAACUGAUCAGCCCAAGUUAUUAUAAAAUCAUAUUAGUUUAAACUUUUUUACUAAUGGAAUCGCUCUGCU